AUGGCUUCUCCUGGUGAAAUCUACAGUCAGGAGCUUCUUCCUCUUGGGCGGGGCUAUGCUAUAUGGGAGCCUUCGCCACCGGCUGAGAGCGAGCUCAAUGUAGAUGUCGAGCUAGGCGAUGUCGGCUAUUUUCAGGGAGACAGUUUCUGUACAGUCUUCAACGCUUUCAAGCCGGCGGACGAUCCUAGGAAUCAAAGAAAUGGCGUGCCAGACGGAUUUGUUCCACUCUACCGAGGUCCCAUCCCGGCGAUGAGUGCACCCAACAUCCUGCCACACACCGUACUCUGCAGCGGAUCCGUCAGCCCAAAACACAACCCGGACAAGUCAAUUGACUUCCAGUGCGCGACGACUCGGAGCGGUGCGGUCCUCGUUCUUGAACAAGGCGCAGUGAGACACGUGAUGCCACCUUCGAGGCGGUCGAUGCUUUAUAUGAAGAGCAACGUGGAGAGCUGGCAUGAAUUCAUGACCGGCUUAGGCUAUGACCAGGACAUUGAACAGAUCCGCUUCGUUAUGGGCUACAUGAAAGCGCCGGAAUGGGCCGCCGCGACACCAAGUCCCUGGUCGCUCAUGAACGACAGUCAGAGGGUAUUAUUCAAACACGGUCCGGGAAGUAGGAGAGAUGAGCAACCUGCGGAUCAAUGCGUGUUCCUCCAUUACUUAAAACUACGACGACGCUUAUUACUGCCUAUGAGCAUCAAGGCUGCAGCCGAACCACAUCAAUUACCGCCUCUCCAUAGGGACGAUUUCCCUGGAUGCAAAGCAAGCGUAUAUGAACAAAUGUGCGCGAAAGAUUUCAACCCGGACUGCGACAUUGGCAUGCCACAUCCACUGGUAUCACGUACACCGCAACACGAGGGCGAAGACAAGCUGCGUAGGUCACGAUCGGUCUACGACAUGUUUGGCCUGACCGGUCAAAUUUCCUUACAGAUGACGGAGCGUGACCUGUGCCCUAACGGCUCUAUUGAUGGUGACGAAGGUGUGAAAGAUGACCGGGAGGAUGAACGCGCAAUAAGGAUCGCGAUUGGAUCCAGAGCGACUGAGGGGACUAUGAGCGGCUGCCCAAGCCUGCACGCUGUAGGAUGUGGAUUAUCAGCCAGAUCGCUCAGUUCGAAACGUCCCCCUGGUGCUAAAAUCACGUAUCCCAGCGCUUUGCCUCGUACGGAGCAAUCCAGUCCAGUAUUGGUGAACAUUUCACUCCUGGCACGAUGUGAAGGCAAUGAGUACCUACAUCAGGACUACUAA